CGUUUACUGAGUUGUCAUUGGGCAGAUGAAAGUCACAAGACUCUUGGCGAAUUCCGUACGAUCGAGGCCCUCAGCAGUCUGAGUCUGCGCUUCGGGAAAAUGAGUGAAUCUUUGGUAGUGUGUGAUGUUGAUGGGGAUUUGGUUAAAAAGUUACGGGAGUUCAGAUUCCGAAAGCAAACCAACAAUGCUGCAAUAAUCAUGAAAAUUGACAAGGACCGGCAGCUUGUCAUCCUUGAUGAGGAACAUGAGGAUAUUUCUCCUGAUGCCUUAAAGGAUGAACUGCCUGAAAGACAGCCAAGAUUUGUGGUAUACAGUUACAAAUACCAACACGAUGAUGGCCGCGUUUCUUAUCCGCUCUGUUUCAUUUUUUCCAGUCCAGCUGGGUGUAAACCUGAGCAGCAGAUGAUGUAUGCUGGCAGUAAAAACAAGUUGGUCCAAACUGUAGAGCUGACCAAGGUAUUUGAAAUUCGAAACACAGAAGACUUGACAGAGGAAUGGCUGCGUGAAAAACUAGGAUUCUUUCGUUAGACGCCACCAAUCUGACUCAAGGGGAAAAAAGUUUCGCAAAGGUUUCCUUGUAGUUUAACACACGUGUAUGCCAAGCUGACACAUUCCAAAAUCAAUUUAAGAAAACUGGUCCAGUAAGUCAUUAUAUAUAAAGAAAUGGAUGUUCUUUAAAUUCUAGUCUACAAUUAUCAUUUGUCUGUAUAAAAUGUGGCAUUGAUUUUCCUGGUUUCAAUCUUGUGUGUUUACUCGAAGUUCUCAUACAAUUUAGCUUAAAUUUUGACUGUUUUCCUAUUGUGGUUCUCUCAUAAAAAUGCUACUCAACACUAAAAGAUUUUUUCAAAGAAACCAAAAACAAAUAAUAUACAAUAAUUUUGCUGAGACAAUUCUGGGAAUUUCUGAUUUUUUUUUUUUUAUCUUUUUUUUUUUUUUUAACUGGUUUGCGUUUUCACUCCAUGCACAAUUUCUUUCAAAUAUUUUAGGAAACUGGACAAAGACAAGUUAUAAAAAACAAAAACAGGAAAACUACAUGUAGACCUUCCAGUUUCAUUGUCUCCAACAAUUAAUCUGUUUACUAGUAAAAGAAUUGUGAACUGGAAUUACUAUUUGUGUAUUACUGUUUUGGAAUUUGUCAAUCAUAAAAUUAUAGUGUCCAGGAUUUAACAAAUUUCUUUUUUUGUUCUUACUCUCACGAUUUCAGUGUGAAUUUUUGAAACUACUAAAGCACAUUUUAAUGAGCCUUGUUUCCUCUCUUGCAUGGAAUAGGCCCCCCCAUGACAAAAAAUAAAUAAGUAAUUAGAAGAUGCAUGCAUGGAUGUUAUUUUGAUAUGACCUUGUAUUCAAAAUAAUGGUUUUAAUUUGUAUAAUCUCUACAAUUUUAAACAUUUGUUCUUAGCAUUUUUUUUUCAUGAAAUUAUAUUUCUUAGAUGUGCAAGCCAGUCAUUAUUUUUAAGAACAAAUAUGUAUUGCUAACUGUGCUUUGAAUUAAUGCACUGAAGGGAAAAUUCAAUAGAAUUGAAAUUUACAAUAUUAUUUACAAAUUUAUAUUAUGUUCCAUUUAGCUGUACAGGACCCAAUAUUCAAAGGAGUAGAAUUUUGACAAGUUAUAUCUGAGAAAUUAAGUCAACUUCAAUGUAUUAAUGGCAUUCAUAUACUGUACCUCUGUAUCUGUGGUUGACGUUGGAUGAACCACUAAUAAUUUGAAAAAGUGGAACCAAUAGGAUGAUUGUGGAGAUUUUUAAUUAUUCCGUAGUAUUAUUCAGUGCAAGGUUCUUAGAUAAUGUUCUUUUUUUAAAUAACCUUAACUUGUUUUCUGUAUCUUUUCCUAUUAACAUAGUGUUUGUACACAUAUACUAAAGCUAUGAUCUUGUGAACUCAAAGUGAAAUUGUUGUGGGUCCCCACAGGAAAAGGUCACUUUUUAUAAUGUUAAAUACAUGGCACAGCACUACUGAUGGAAUAGUAUUUCUGUUUACUAAUAUACAGAGUAGCAAAAGAUAGUCCUGUCAAAACUUUACCUAUCUUUUAAGACGUGAACAUUUUUUUUUCAAUUAGUAUAUCUCAUGUAUUCAUUUAUGUAACAUUGUAGUUUCUGUGACAAACACCAAAAAAGCCUUGGAAUGAUCGUGGGUUCAAGAUGCUUCAUUAUGAGGGUUAUUAAAUGAUGUAUAAUGAACUGUAUCAUGAAGCUUAAUUUCUUGUGUAGAUGGAGAACUUGUCAUAUUUAAGGUAGUCUGGGAUAUAUGUAAGGUAACAAAGAUAGUCCGUUUAAACUGAGGUACCUUAAAUCUGGCAAAUCACCUGGUUAAGAAAGAAACCCAGCUUUGUGAUACAGAGCCCUGGUUUAAUAAUUAAUAAAUGAUUAGCCUAAUUGUGCAUAAUGCAUUAUAUGUAUUCUAUAGCAUUUGUUUCUUUGAAAAAAGGGAGCAGUUUAGACCAAAUUCAGAACAUUGGAAAUAUUUUGUGUAAGUGAACAAACUAGCUAUAAAAAGCGUAGCUAAGAUUGAUCUUGUGUCGUUUUGUAUUUGUGCAUGACUAACCUGGUGUAAUAAACAUUUGGGAGUUUACAGAUAUGAAA